UACGUCGCUUGUUCCCGCCCCUUUUUGCGGACGAUGCCUGUGUUCUAGAUUUGUAACUAUUAGUUUAUAAUACUACUACGCGUAAUUUUAGGGCUUGGUUCCGAUGUAAUCUCUAAUUGACCGGAUUGCUGGAUGUUUGGAUUCUAGCUUUUUUGUAUCUGUGAAAUCCCAGGAUUAUCUGCCAAGAUCAUCUGUGGAAACCCGUGGUGGGGGUAUAGGUGUAGUUUUGUUCCCUUUGUGUUUUUACUUCUGUAAUGGCAGAUGGUCAAGAAUCAGAUAAGAACAUCGAGAUAUGGAAAAUCAAGAAACUUAUCAAGGCAUUGGAAUCUGCACGAGGCAAUGGUACCAGCAUGAUAUCUCUUAUAAUGCCUCCCCGUGAUCAAAUAUCACGAGUUACCAAGAUGCUCGGUGAUGAGUUUGGAACUGCUUCGAACAUCAAAAGUAGGGUCAACCGCCAGUCAGUUUUGGGUGCCAUUACUUCUGCUCAACAAAGGCUGAAGCUUUAUAAUAAAGUUCCUCCUAAUGGAUUAGUUCUUUAUACAGGAACUAUUGUUACCGAAGAUGGCAAGGAAAAGAAGGUUACAAUUGAUUUUGAACCUUUCAAACCUAUAAAUGCAUCACUGUACCUAUGUGAUAACAAGUUCCACACUGAAGCUCUCAAUGAACUGUUAGAAUCCGAUCAAAAAUUUGGUUUCAUUGUUAUGGAUGGAAAUGGCACACUUUUUGGGACAUUAAGUGGAAACACGAGGGAGGUGCUUCAUAAAUUUUCAGUUGAUUUACCAAAGAAGCAUGGAAGGGGUGGGCAAUCAGCUCUUCGAUUUGCUCGUCUCAGGAUGGAAAAGCGGCACAACUAUGUAAGGAAGACUGCAGAACUUGCCACCCAGUUCUUCAUUAAUCCUGCUACCAGUCAGCCUAAUGUUGCUGGGCUAAUACUUGCUGGUUCAGCGGACUUCAAGACUGAGCUAAGCCAAUCUGAUAUGUUUGAUCCCCGUCUACAAGCAAAAAUAUUGAACGUGGUUGAUGUUUCUUAUGGGGGAGAAAAUGGAUUCAACCAGGCCAUAGAGCUUUCAUCAGAAAUUCUAUCAAAUGUGAAGUUCAUACAGGAGAAGCGACUGAUUGGUAAAUACUUUGAGGAAAUCAGCCAGGAUACUGGAAAAUAUGUCUUCGGGGUGGAUGAUACUUUGAAGGCUUUGGAAAUGGGAGCUGUGGAAACCCUCAUUGUGUGGGAAAAUUUAGAUAUUAACCGAUAUGUACUGAAAAAUGGUGUGACGGGUGAUAUUGUUGUUAAGCAUUUGAACAAGGAACAAGAUGCUGAUCAGAGCAACUUCCGAGAUGCGACCACCGCGGCUGAGUUGGAGGUUCAGGAGAAAAUGCCCCUACUGGAGUGGUUUGCGAACGAGUACAAGAGAUUCGGCUGCACGCUUGAAUUUGUCACCAACAAAUCCCAGGAGGGGUCUCAAUUCUGCAGAGGGUUUGGUGGAAUUGGAGGCAUUCUUCGCUACCAGCUCGACAUUAGAUCAUUUGAUGAGCUAUCUGACGAUGGAAAUGAAUACGAGGAUUCCGAUUAGACGUUAAACUACUCGAGCUGAUCUGCUGCAGUUGGUGGGAGUCAUACAUUUACAUUCUAGUUGUGAUGCCUACUUCCGGCCAGAACACAGGAAAACCAAUCAAAUUUUCAGCUUCAGAUUUACUCCUGUUUCGACUUCGCGCAUGCCAUGUGUUGUCAUGUGGAACUGCUUUAACUUGGCAAUGUUUUCCUUCCAUUUUGUUUCUCCUACUUUCUUGGAAUGCAUUUCAGUUGAAAAGAUUAAGGGACACUCGGUUCUUUAAAACUUUGAUUUGAUUUUACUCGGGGUUACUUCUUGAGAAUCUUUAA